AUGGAAGGAAACAAGUCCUUCAAAAAAAAUAACUCUAUCAUUAAGAAACCCAAGAAUAUUAAUGAUUUGAAUGAUAGAUCUGAGGAUUUGGUCAAUUGGAUUGAUAAUUUGAAGAGCAGAUUCAACAAUGAAUUAAAGUAUCAAAAUGAUGAGAUCAUAAAUUUCAAUAAAUCUUUAGAUGUUGAUGAAUUACGUCAAAAAUAUAGUCAGAAAGUUUUCGUCGACGAUAUCACACCGUUUGAACCUUCGGAGAACAUCAGUGAUCAAAGUGAAGAAUCAGAGUCAGUCGUAGAAGAAAGCGACAGCGAAAUUGAAAUAUUAUCUGAGCACAUAGACGAGGAAGACGAUGAGCAGGAGGAAGAAGUAGAAGAAGAAGAAGAAGAAGAGGAAGAAGAAGAGAUUGUUGAUGCUAUAGAUUAUAGUGAUGAUCAAGAAGAGUAUCACAUAAAUUCUGAGACAGAGGAACAUGAUCAUCUGACAUAUUCUCGUAAAUCUGUUGGUGGUAAGUAUCCUAGAAAAGGUUUACCUAUAGACAACCAACCUGACCCCCAAGAUGGAGAUGAUCACGGGAUGGCUGAAACUUUUGAUACCACAGAAUAUUUCGAACCAGAGGAACAAAACAUUGAGAAUGAUUAUAGAUUUGAACCUUCAAGCAUUGAUCAUUUACUUGACCCAGAACUUCAUGAGAACAUCGCCGAUUUGGUGCAAGAAAAUUAUGACAAAAUGGAAUUUGAAGGUUUAGAUGAUUUACCCAAUGAUUUAAUGGAUCUUGCAGAAGCUGCAAUUAAAGAAGCCGAUGAAGAAAGAAUACAAAUCAUGGAUGUUGACGAAAUACAACCUCAAGAGUCGAUUGAACAUAAAAUUCCCGAAUUGACCGAUGGAUACAACGCCAGUGUUGAAAUAGAGGAAUUGGAAGCUGUGGUUCAUGAAGAAUCGCCUGUAGCCCCAUUACCCCAACCUUUCGAGUUGGAAGAAGUCGAAGUGGAAGUCGAAAUCCAAAGCGAAGCGGAAAUGACUGAAGGUUCACUUGCCGAUUACGAAGAUAAUGCCAUUCGAAAUGAUCGUGAACAAAAUCCAAUGACAAUAAUAGACAAAGAGACUGUAGAAGAUGAUCAAGAAGAGGCAAUCUUAUCUGGUUCGGAUAUCGAAGUUCCGACACUGUUCAAGACGGUGGAGGAAAAAACAUCAGAAGAGGUUUUGGCUGAAUUGAAGCAGAUGGAAGAGAAAUUUGGUUUCAAGUUGUCGGUAAGGAAGCAAUUGCAAAAUGAGUUGGGAAUUGAUCCUAUGGAAGAAUUUAAGAAUAAAAUCGAUUUCCCCAAACUUGAUGAAUUACCUUCUGAUUAUGAAAGUGAAUCACAAUCUGAACCAGAAGUUGAUCUGGAACCAAAGAAUGAUCCAGAACUCAUCUCCAAACCAGAUUUACCUUCUAACGAAGAUACUGAGCAUAUGGUGCUAGAAGAAGAGAUUGAAAACACCGAAAUGAUUGAUGAUAACGAUAUAAUACAAAAAGAAUUUGAACCCAUAGUCGACAAUUCAGAAAAUGGAUCCGAUGGUUCUGAUAUUUCCAGCUCUGACGAAGAAGAGGUGGUGAAGGAACUUUUAGGUAUCAACUCCUCUUUUGGAGCAGAAGAUCAUGUAUCUGAAUCCAGUGGUUUGAAUAUUUCAUAUUUGAGUCCCGAAGAGCAUGAAGAACAGUUGAAAUCCAUGCAAUCACAAGAUGUUGAUUCAAAGAGGCCCAAAAGACCAAGUUUGACAAAUUCUUCUAUGAUAGAUUUUGCAGAAUCUCGAUUCAUUCCUAGAGGACCAGAAUUACUCAAUAUUGACUCCUCCAUGAUUGAAUUUGCUGAAGAAGUACCAGAAAGACCAGCUUUGGGUGAGGUAAAUUCCUCUGCGAUGUUCGACUCGCUGAUGGUUGAUGACGAGGAACCCAUAAAACCUCUGUUACAGGAUCUCAAUACUUCUGUGGCAUUUGAAGACGACAACGAACCAGAAAAGUCGUUUGUGGAGGUACUUGAUGAAUUGGUUGGAAUACCCGAGGAGAAAUCAGAGGGUGAGGCUUCGGUGGUGGAUGAGACCCAAAUGCCAAAAGAAAGCGAUGAUAAAAUGGAAGUUGAUCAAGUUGAGACCCAUGAAGAAACCCAGCCAAGCACAUCACUUCUCGAUGCAGUUGACACAUUGGUUGAGUUGAUUGAAGAAACAGUAGAAGAACCUGUUGAAGUUAGAGUAGAACCAAUCGUUGAAGAACCUGCAGUUGAAGAACCUGUCACCGAAGAACCUGUCACCGAAGAACCUGUCACCGAAGAACUUGUCAUCGAAAAACCUGUCAUCGAAGAACCUGCUAUCGAAGAACCUGCUAUGGAAGAACCUGCUAUGGAAGAACCUGCAAUCCAACAAUCUACUGUUGAAGAAACUGUUGUCGAAGAACCUAUCGUUGAAGAACUUGUGGUUGAAGAACGUACGACCGAGGAACCCAUUAUCGAAGAACUGACUCACGAUGAGACUCAUUCAGGGCCAGAAUUAGAAGAUAUUGAAAAGGACCAACUCAGAGACGAUGAAGAUAAAUCGUUUGUGGAAGUGCUUGAAAGUUUAAUGAAUGAGUCCAUCGAAUCAGCCGAAGACCUUAAUCCACCAGCUGAUUCAGAAACUCAAGAAUCUCAGAGUUACGAGAUACAGGGAGAGCAAGAAGUGACUACUGAUGACCAUCAUUCAGGUGAGCCAGCAGAUUCUGCUUUCGCUUACCCUAUUCCACAACCUUCACUCGAACCCGUGGGACUGACCGAAAAUUCGCCAGUCAUAGAGUUUGCUGACGAACCAGAGGAAACUUAUGUCGAGUACGAUAAAGAUGUGGUACUUGAAAUUGACGAGAAGGAUAUUAUCCACCCCACCGAAGAGAAGGAACCCAGCGAAGCUCCAGUUUACCAUGGCGAAUUGCCUGAAUUCAUAACUGACGAUAAUGACGAAAUCGCAGCCACUACUCCAACUUCUAUCAACGAACCUGCAGAAGAACCUGAGAUAUUUGAAGAGUUAAUAGAUGACGAAGAAAGUGGCCUCACUGUGAUACCAACAGAUAUAUUCAUACCCGAGGAACCUAUUAGAGCGUUCCCUCAAUACGAAGUAACGGACGAACUUGUAGAUGGGGAAUUGAUUAGCGAGUACACCAGAAUAGAAAGCACAAAGCGCCCACACGAAGAUCUUGAUCCACUUCCUAAUAAACGUAGGAGAUUUGGUCCUUUGUCUUGGAUUUCGAAUAUCUUCAAAGGUAAGCCUCCGAAACAAGGGUUUGAAGCAGGAGACAAAGUCGAAUAUGAUGAAGAUAUAGCUGCAGCUGGAUCAGGAGAAGCUGAAGAGGAAUUAAAGGAACAAGCUCCUGAAGAAGCUAAUGAAGGAGCUGAACAAGAGGGUAAAGAAGAAGGUAAAGAAGAAGGUAAAGAAGAAGCUGAACUAGAAGUCGCGGAAGAAGCUGUGGAAGAAGCUAAUGCCGAAGCUAAUGCCGAAGCUAAUAAAGAAACCAAGGAAGAAGCUGAAGACGAAGGAAUCGAGGUUGAUGAUCAAUUGGCUGUUGUUGAUAUUGUAGAUCAAGAAUUCGAAGAAGGCACAAAGAAAGAUGCGGGUGAGAUAGAUGAAGAAGAAGAAAUGGAAGACGAAGGAGUCAAAGAGAAAUCGUUCGUGGAGAUUCUUGAUGAUCUUGUAGGAGAAACCGAGGAAAAUAUUCCCGAUUCUGACAAAGUAGAUGUUGAACCCGAAGAGACGAAUGAACAGGAACUGAGCGCAGACAAACGUAAAGAAGUACCGGUAGAAGCUACACAUUCAAGUAAACCUGUGCGUAAAUCCAGGAGAUUCCAAUUAGACAUCAAUCCUGAAGAUUUGGAACCGGCUCACCUGUUACGGGAUGGCCAUAAGUUCGGCUUAGAUUUGGUACAAAAAGACGAAGACACUGAAAAACCAGAACUCACAAAACCAGUCAAAGCCACCUUAGGAAAUUCUCCCAAGAAAGGAAAACACUCAAGAAAGUCCAAAACCACAAAAUUGGUUUCCAACCCAAUUCCCCAAAAGAAAUCCUCAAAGGCAGAAUCCAAAGACCUGCUUGCGUCAAGAACCAGAUCCAAAUCACCCAUUAAAGAAACCAUUCAGGAUAUCAUCACUGAUAAUACCCCUAUCGGUCAACGUCUUAAAAGAAAAAGAAAACAAGUUUUGACAGAAGAAGAAAUAGAAGAAGAGCAAGAAACUAGAGGAAGGAAAAGAUAA